AUAAAGCUAGUCAGAUUGAUAAUGUUGAUGAUCCAGUGUAUAAUUUGCUAUUAGUUGCUUAUUACUACUGCGAUGUCUUAGACGUUACGUUUAAACAUUAUUUUGUAAUGCUGCGAAAUAUAUAUAAGAGAUAAUAAAAUGAUGAUGCCUAAAAUAUACCUACUAUGUACACUCUUCGCAUAUUGUUAUGGGGCUAACAUUCUCUAUGUCAUCCCGUUUUCCGCAAAGUCGCAUUAUUUAUCACUAAGGCCAAUUGGAUUGGAGCUAGCUAGGCGUGGUCAUAAUGUGACAGUCAUCACUGCUCAUCUAGAGACUGAUCACCCACCAACAUACCACCAAAUUAAGGUUGAUGCUUCUAAAGUAUGGGACUUGUUAGGGGAAAAAAGACCAAAUGUGUUUUCAAUGGUCGACCUUUCCGCAGAGGAGUUCCACCAACAAUUUCUCUGGCCUGGUACACUAUUAGUCAUAGAGAGGGCGCUGAAAUCACCUGCAGUGCAAGAACUAUUAGCCAGCGACAUGAAAUUUGACUUAGUCAUUAACGAACAAUUCAUGCAAGAGGCGUUUAAUGUAUUGGCUCAUAAAUAUAAUGCACCCUUAGCUCUAGUAACAACUUAUGGAAACUGCAUGAAACACAAUUUCUUAUCAAGAAACCCUCUUCAGUGGGAAACAGUCACCUUUGAAUUAUUAGAUGUGGAUGAUCCCACUAGUUUCUUUGGAAGGCUUAGAAACAUGUAUUUCUCAGUAUAUGAAUUUGUAUGGUGGAGAUUUUGGUUUUUGCAAAAACAGGAGGAGCUGGUGACGAAAUAUAUACCCGGAUUGACGAAACCUGUGCCUAGUUUAUAUAAUAUACAACGGAAUACAUCAUUGAUGUUACUUAACGGUCAUUUUAGUGUGGAUAUCUCAGCAGCCUAUUUGCCAAAUAUUAUUGAAGUAGGCGGGAUGCACCUUACGGAAAGUGAUAAAAGCCUGCCACAGGACCUUCAAAAGUAUUUAGAUGAUGCUGUACAUGGCGUGGUCUACAUAAACUUUGGCUCAAACGUUCAAAGUACAGAUUUAACAGGACAAAAACGCCAGGCAUUCAUGAAUGUAUUUAAAAGAUUAAAACAACGAAUUAUUUUCAAAUGGGAGGAAGAUACAUUAGAGGGUAAACCUGAUAAUGUGAUGAUAAGAAAAUGGCUGCCACAAAAAGAGAUUCUUGCACAUCCAAACAUAAAAGUCUUCAUCUCUCACGGUGGUCUUAUAGGCACACAGGAGGCAAUUUACAACGGCGUUCCUGUAAUAGGAAUACCCGUGUUCUCUGAUCAGCUGAACAAUAUACUCAUAUUAGAAGAAAUGGGAUUUGGUAAACUAUUGAAGUUUCACGAUAUAACUGAAGAAAUGUUGUACGGCUUGCUUAAGGACGUCCUAGAGGAUCACUCGUAUAUGGUGAAAGCAAAAGAAGUAUCAAAGAGGUUUAAAGACAGGCCCAUGAAUGCUUUAGAUACGGCGAUGUUUUGGCUGGAGUAUGUUAUAAGACAUAAUGGUGCCCCAUUUAUGAAGAACCCCGCGCUUCAGCUUAACUGGUUCGAAUAUACUAUGUUGGAUGUUUAUUCAUUCGUAGUGGCUGUAUUAAUAGCUAUAAUAUAUGUAAUUUAUAAGAUCAUAAGUAUCUUAAUAUUGUUAAUGUGUAAAAAAUCGAAGAAAAUUAAACGUUCAUAAAUUAG